CAGCUCUACGACAAACAGCUGUUCUCGAAGAAUAUCGUUUUGUUUAUUUUACGAGUUUUGUUUUUAAUUUGUAAAUUGUUAGUACAAAAUGACCCUUGAUUUGGAUGCAAAUAAGAAGGAUGAUAAGCUGCUGAUCGCCACCAUCCAGCAGGAGUACAAAAUCCUUGCGGAAUACAAAAUGAUUGAAUCAGAGAAGUUGAGUGGCUUAUAUGUGAUACCUAGCUACGCCAACUCCCUACAGUGGUUUGGCGUGUUCUUUGGACGCCAGGGCUUGUAUGCAGAAAGUGUCUUCCGCUUUACGAUCCUACUGCCUGAUCGUUUUCCCGACGACAAAAAUCUUCCGACUAUAAUAUUCCAGCAAGAUGUGCUGCACCCCCAUAUCUGCCCGUACACCCACAGUUUGGACGUGAGUCACGCAUUUUCGGAAUGGCGAUGUGGCGAGGAUCACCUCUGGCAGCUUUUAAAAUACAUGCAGGCGAUAUUUUCCGAUCCCGUGGACAGUAUUCGUGGCAUUGAAUUGGACAAAAUUAAGAACAGCGAAGCUGCCGAGCUGCUGAUGACCAAUAAGGAGGAGUUUUCUGCCCGCGUUCAGGAAAACAUCAAAGAGAGCAAGGAGCACAUCUAUGACACCCCUCCCACAGAGGAUCCGCACUACAUAGUAUUCGAGAAGUUUCAGCCGGACGUGCAUGGACCUGUUCUCGAUCGAAUUAAAGCAGGAAGGAGCAAACAAACAGAACCAUCCUCGACACAGGCGAAUGGAGGUCACGCCACUGGUCUUUCCUGGGUGAAGGAGGGCGAGUUCAAGCCCCUCAGUAUUGAGUAAAAGCAAAGUAAAAGUAAAGUAAGUUAUCUUCGUAGUUCUAAAUUUGUCUCAAUUUUAAUCCAUUAAAGUUAAUCGAUUAUA